AAUGUCCAGCUGCGUUGGCUUCUGAGGGCUUCUAACUUUUCAUCUGGGGAGAUACGUUGGACUUUCUGUUUUAGAAACUGAAUACAAAACGUCCCAUGACUCUCAGAAUAGGGGUGCAACUAGGAUAACCCCAUAGUGUUCUUUUUCCUAUGGGCACAUGGAACCCAGACCUCCAAUUUUUUAUAACUUCUGUUUAUCCCUAGCUGCUGCUGCUGAUCUGUUUAAAGAACCAAUGAGGAAAAGACGCCGAUCAGAUCGAGAGCUGCGCUUCCAAGCCUUUCCCUCUGCAGAACAAAGCGCACUCAAGGAAUAUGAAAAAUUGGAGUCACGGACCAGAAGGGUUUUGAGCAACACCUAUCAGAAACUAAUUCAGUCUGUCUUCCUGGACGACAGCAUUCCUAGCGGGGUCAAGUAUCUCAUAAACAGACUUCUUGCCAUGAUUGAAAAGCCAACUUUGGAGCCAAUCUACAUUGGGUUCUUUGGAAGCACUGGUGCUGGAAAGAGUUCUCUGAUCAACGCCCUCAUCCAGCAAGCAAUGUUUCUCCCAGUGUCUGGAGAGAGCAUAUGCACUUCUUGUGUUGUGCAAGUGAGCUCGGGCUGCAGUGAGCAGUAUGAGGCCAAAAUCCACCUUCUCUCGGACCAGGAGUGGAAGGAGGAACUGAAGAACCUGACUAAACUCCUGCACAGGACGGAGGAGGCUGGCGGAGAGGAUGUGGGUGUGGAGAUGUGGGACAGGGGUGAGGCCAUGGAGGAGGCCAUCUGGAAGUUGCAAAUGGUCUAUGGAACUGGGGCAGAAAGGAAGAGUUACGAGGACUUACUAAGGGCAAAGCCCAAGGGGAAGAUUCCCAACUCAAGAAUCAUCACCCUCAAGGCGGAAGAGGCAGGAGAGCUGUCUGUCAAGCUGGACCCCUACAUCCGCACCCAGACGAGAGAUGGGGAUGGAGAGUCAGGCGAGACACGAAUCUGGCCCUUGAUCAAACACGUAGAAGUGACUCUGCCCAAAUCUGCGCUGAUUCCAGAAGGGGUCGUGCUGGUGGACAUUCCGGGCACUGGUGACUUCAACAGUAAGAGAGAUGAGAUGUGGAAAAAGACCAUUGAUAAGUGCUCAGUGAUCUGGGUGAUCAGCGACGUGGAGAGAGCUUCUGGGGGAAGAGCCCACGAAGACCUUGUGAAUGAGAGCAUCAAAGCCUGCCAGCGCGGCUUCUGCAUGGACAUUGCCCUGGUGGUCACCAAGACUGACAAACUCAACCUGCCAGAGUAUCUCAGGGAAAGAAAAGUGGGAACUCGAGCUAUUCAAAAUCAGCGAGAGGCGGUUUUACAAAGAAAUGAAACAAUUAAGUUACAAAGGAGUAGAAUUCUCAAGGAAAAGUUUAAGAGAAAACUGCCUGCUGACUCUAAGGUUCUGGAAGCCUCUGACCUGGUGUACACGGUCAGCGCCCACGAGUACUGGCAGCAGGCUCACCUGACUGAGGAGGAAACCGAAAUCCCGAAGUUGAGAGAGUACAUCAGAAAAAGGCUCUUGGACAAGAAGAGGAAGGUGGUGACCAAGUACGUGACGGAAGCCUUUGGCCUGUUGCUCCUCACAGCCAGCUUUAACUCCGCGGAAAACCUGCCGAACGAACACUUGCACUUGAGCAGCCUGCGGAGAUUCGUGGAGGAGAAGACGGCGCUGCUGGAGAGGGCCAUGGAGCAGUGCUUUGCACUUGUGGAGCGGCCUCUGCAGGAAGGAGUCCUGGUGGCCAGGGCUUCCUAUCGACGCCUCCUUGGGGCGUGCCUUGUGAGGAGCAGAGGAAACCAAGGUUUUCACCAGACUCUGAAAGCUGUGUGCUUGAAAAAUGGCAUCUAUGCCUCUAGGACUCUGGCCAGAAUCAACUUGAACGAAGCCAUUGCCCAGCCCAUUUACGACCAGAUUGACCCUGUCUUUGGAGCCAUUUUUAGGACUGAGAACACCCUGAGCUUGGCCCUGAUGCCUCACAUAGAAGCUUUCAAGCAGUCCCUGCAGGAGAAAAUGACAGAAAUAGGGAUGAGAAACGGUUGGAAAUACGAUGGUUACAGAAAAUCCUUCAUAAUCCAGGAGAUAAGUGCCAUCCUAGGAGGCUUGGAAGGCUAUAUCCUCAGAAAGAAGAGGAAGAUCUACGAGUCUGUCACUAGCUCUGUCCAAAAUGACCUGAAGCCCUGCUAUGAAGAGGCAGCUCAGAUCACUGGCAAGAAGGCGUGCGAGAGGAUGAAGGACAUCAUCAGAAGAGGGGUGGAGCGGCAGGUGGCCGAGGGAAUGUUCGAGAGGGCGCAGGAAAGGAUGCAGCACCAGUUUCAGCUCCUGAAGGAAAUGGCCAACCUCUACAGAGCAGACCACCCCUGAGUAUGUAGAAGUCACAUCCUACGUCACUCAAGGAAACAGUUUCUCUAAGAAGCCACUAGUGCACAAAUGUGUCUUACCUCACAGAAAUGUAGGUAGCUACAAAGGGGUCAGACCUAGUGUGAUCUACUCUUCAAAAUUAGAAAAAGAAUUUCAGUGACUGUUUCAUUGAAUAAAACAUUUGAGCUCUUAAUAAUGGGCAGAAUUUCUUUUAAUACAUCUUUAAUGUUUGAAGAUUUACAAUGUUUGAACAACGACCUCUUAUUUAACGCUCUCGUGAAGUGAAGAAUGGAAUGACCUGCUGAAGGUCCCGAUCGGUCUCUGAUGUAUUCCACGGCUGUGUGGCUCAUUGAUUUGCUCUCGCUGAGUUGCAGAACCAUCAUGAACCAGAGCUUUGGGAGCGAUGGAUCUCUGUCAAGGAAGUUGAGGCCUACAGAAGUUAAAUCACCAGUGUGAGGCCACAACUCUUGACUUGGUGUUGAAGAAGAAGGAUGAAAAUUUGGAAUCAGAAGAUCUGGGUUUAGAACUGGAGUUACCAGGCCAGAGAGAGGAGUCUUAUGUUUUCUAGUAAGAGGCAGGAGACAGCAGAGGGAAGAAAAUGGUUUUAGUUGAUGAGAGGAUUCAAGUAACAAGAGAACACUUCUCAGGUGAUUGGGAAGAAGAAUCAGACUUCUCAAUUGCAGCAGGUGCCCACCAGACGUCCCUUCAGUGCCCAGGUGCAGGGAAGACAGCUGGAGGGGACCAGAGCUGCUUUUUCUCCAUCUCUCCAGCUCCUGUUUUUGCCCACAUACCUCCAGGUGCCCCUCAUUAGCUCCUUGUUCCCCAGGUCAGCCUCAGAGGGAAAGACCCCCACAAAAGUAGGAGCCCACAGAAAAGCUGCUCUGAGCACCCCUGGGCUAUCCAUGUGCUCCCAAGUGGACUGGACUUGGACUCUGGAAACUCCGAUUCUCCAUCUCCUCCAGCUGGAGGGUGGGGUGAGGUACCUUUUAUGUGACUCACUUCCCCUGGGCUGUGCCGCCCUAACAGACUGAAUGUCCU